AUGGAAUCGAAUGACGCAAGCGCACUGGCGUUCCGUGCUAAACCACCCUGUCCGGGGGAUGAGAUCGUGAUCUCUGGCAUUGCUGGCCGGUUUCCGAACUCGGACAGUGUGAAGGAGUUUGGCUACAAUCUGUACAACAAGAUUGACAUGGUGGAUGAUCUGGAAACCCGCUGGCGGCAUAGUAACGUCGAGAUUCCACGUCGCAUGGGCAAGGUGAACAAUCUCGAGAAGUUUGAUGCGACGUUCUUCGGUGUGCACUUCAAGCAGGCUCACACGAUGGAUCCGCAGUGUCGUAUCCUGGUAGAGCACGCGUACGAGGCCGCCAUCGAUGCCGGUGUUAAUCCGAAAUCCCUCCGUGGUUCGCGUACGGGCGUAUUCGUUGGAGCGUGCUUUGCCGAAUCGGAGAAGACGUGGUUCUACGAAAAGAUCUCGUCCGGUGGGUUCGGUAUUACGGGGUGCUCACGUGCUAUGAUGGCCAACCGUAUCUCGUACACGAUGGGUCUAAACGGACCGUCCUUCCUGCUGGAUACCGCCUGCAGCAGCUCCAUGUACGCCCUCGAUUGUGCGUUCAAUGCGAUCCGCAACGGGGAAUGUGACGCGGCCAUUGUUGGUGGCUCGAAUCUGCUGCUGCAUCCGUACGUAACGCUGCAGUUCGCUCGACUUGGUGUUCUUGCCGCUGACGGGUACUGCCGUCCGUUCGACAAAGAUGCGUCCGGCUACACGCGUUCCGAGGCGAUCUCCGUGAUGUACUUGCAGAAGGCCAAGGAUGCAAAGCGAGUGUACGCCAACGUGGUGUACUCGAAGACGAACUGUGACGGGUUCAAGGAAGAAGGCAUCACCUACCCGUCAGGAGUGAUGCAACGCAAGCUGCUCACCGAGUUCUACAGCGAAAUCCAGCUCGACCCAUCCACGGUCGAUUACGUGGAGGCUCACAGCACCGGUACGGUAGUUGGCGAUCCCGAGGAGUGCGCCGGUUUGGACAAGAUUUUCUGCACCGGCCGAAAGAAGCCACUACCCGUUGGUUCGGUGAAGUCCAACAUCGGACAUUCGGAGUCAAGCUCGGGUGUCUGCUCACUGAUCAAGUGCAUCCUGGCGCUGGAAACUCGACUCAUACCGCCCAACAUCAACUUCCGGGAAAUUCGGCGUGACAUUCCCGCGCUAGUUGACGGUCGGUUGAAGGUGGUCUCCGACACGGAGCCUCUCGACGGACCGCUUAUUGCCGUCAACUCGUUCGGAUUUGGUGGAGCCAAUGCGCAUGCCUUGCUGUACGGAAGCACGAAGGAGAAGAUCAACCACGGACUGCCGGCAGACAAUCUGCCCCGGUUGAUCACGUGGUCAGGCCGUACGGAGGAAGCCAUUGAUGCGGUGUUGACGGACAUGAGCACGCGCCAUCUUGAUGCCGAGUACGUCGCAUUGCUGCACAACGUCCAGAGUGAGUCCAUCCCCGGAAACGUGUUCCGUGGGUACGGAUUGUACGCUAAGGAUGGCACUGAGAACGCGAUUUGCUUGGGUCGUGAGGCGCAGCAUUAUACUGGUCUGAAACGACCGCUCGUGUGGGUGUUCAGCGGCAUGGGCUCGCAGUGGAGUGAAAUGGGCACGUCGUUGAUGGAAAUUCCCGUGUUCCGGCAGGCGAUCGAGCACUGUCAUCGUGUGCUGGAGAAACGCGGUCUCAACUUGAUCGAGAUCCUUACGUCGAAGAGCUGCAAGUACGACAACAUCCUGCACUCGUUCGUAGGCAUUGCGGCGGUGCAAAUUGGCAUCGUUGACGUGCUACGAUCGCUCGAUCUUGAGCCGGACUUCGUCAUCGGCCACUCGGUUGGUGAGCUGGGUUGUGCGUAUGCGGAUCGUUGCUUCACGGCCGAACAGAUGAUCCUGUCGGCGUACUCGCGUGGUAUGGCCAGUUUGGAAACGAAGACCGUGUUUGGGUCGAUGGCGGCUGUGGGGUUGGGUUUCCGCAAAAUCCGCACAAUGCUGCCACCGGGUAUCGAAGUGGCUUGCCACAACGGACCGGACUCGUGUACUAUUUCCGGCCCGAAAGAGAACGUGGAGGCGUACGUUGCGCAGCUCACGGAAAAGGGCAUCUUUGCCAAGGAGGUACCAUGCUCGAACAUUCCCUAUCACAGCAAGUACAUCGCGGAAAUGGGCCCGAGGCUGUUGGCCCGCCUGAACGAGGUCAUUCCUGAGCCGAAGAAACGGUCUGCCAAAUGGUUGAGCUCGUCGGUGCCCAAGAUUCGCUGGGAUCAGCCAGAGAGCCAGUACUCGUCGGCGCAUUAUCACACGAACAACUUGCUCAGUUCGGUGCUUUUUGAGGAAACGUCCGCGCUGUUGCCCAACAAUGCACUGACGAUCGAAAUCGCUCCGCACGGGUUGUUGCAGGCCAUCUUGAAGAAAUCCAUGCCCAACGCCAUCCACAUCGGACUGACUAAGCGUGGAAACAAGGACAAUGUGCAGUACAUGUUUAACGCACUUGGAAAGCUUUACAUUAACGGUUUGGACAUCCCUGUGGCACGGCUCUAUCCAUCGGUAGAAUUCCCGGUGUCUCGCGGAACACCGAUGAUUUCCCAUCUCGUGCGUUGGGACCACUCGGAGGACUGGUUCGUGACCAAGUUUGAGAUGCAAAAAUCAACCAAGAGUGGUGAACGGCGCGUGAAGAUCAAGCUGAACGACGAAGACUACAGCUACAUCGCUGGCCACGUGAUCGACGGGCGUGUCUUGUUCCCGGCUACCGCCUACCUGCACCUGGCCUGGGAAACACUGGCCAUGGUUAAAGGCCCGAUGUACUUUGAUUUGGAGGUCGAAUUCGAGGAUGUAAAGUUCCUGAGAGCAACCUCGAUCACGAAAGAUCAGGAGAUCGAGUUCACGGUCAUGCUGCAACCUGGUACGGGUCGGUUCGAGAUCACCGAAGGAACAGCGGCCGUAGUUACCGGAUACGUGCGUCACGUCGAAAACAUCACACUCUCGGAAAUUCCAGAUCCUCCAGCAAACGACAUGCCCGUCCUGGCGACGAGAGACUUCUACAAGGAGUUGCGUCUGCGAGGAUAUCACUACAGUGGCGCUUUCCGAUCGGUGUUGGAAGCCCGCGCAGACAGUGCCUGUGGCAAGAUCAACUGGGAACUGAACUGGGUGUCGUUCCUGGACUGUUUGCUGCAGUGCUGUAUCAUCGGCAAGGACACGCGCACGCUCAUGAUCCCGACGUGCAUCGAGCGGAUGCGCAUCGAUCCCAAGAUGCAUCUCGCGAUCGCAAACACGAUGGAGGAAGGCAGCCAAGUGUUUGAGUUCAAAAACUCACGCAUUCUCAACACGAUCCGGUGCGGUGGUAUCGAAAUCGUCGGAUUGCAAGCCAGUACGGUCGCACGCCGUAAGCCUCCAGGUAUUCCCGUGCUGGAAUCGUACCAGUUCGUGUCACAUCUGCCCGCACCAACGCUCACGAAAGCCGAUGCCGUGCGCGUGUGUGUGCAGCUGGCAUUGGAGAACAUUCCCGUGCCCAAGGUCAAGGUAGUCGAGGUUGACUUUGGAGAAAGCACACCGAUCACGCCACUGUUUGCAGAAGCCUUAGGGGAUUUGCCACUUGUGACGGCUGACCUGAUGUUCCUGAGCAAACAACAACUCUCGCUGGGUGGUGUACACGUCGAAGAUGGCAAGCUGUCUACGCAAACCAACUCGCUGUUCCUCAUCUCAACCAACUGCCUCGGACGGCCCGAGUUCGUUGAGGAAUCCGUGAGCAGCCUGCACGAAAGCGGUUAUGUGCUGACGCGCGAAGCGGCCAACCUCGUCGUGGACAGCAUAGUUCCUCCAGCCGGGUUCCAGCUGCUUGCCGUGUUCCCUGUGCCGGAUCAUGAAACACUGGUGCUGCUGCAACGGAUCAAGCGUAAAUUCAUGGCCGUACCGUCGAUAGUUCACAUCCCACCGAUGGACGAUCGGUACGAGUGGAUCGUGAAGCUAAAGGAAGCGAUCAAAGCUGGACCAGUUAUCGCCGUGUCACAGGGUGACAGCAAUUCCGGCAUCGUCGGGUUGAUCAACUGCAUCCGCAAGGAACCAGACGGUGGCAUGGUAAGCUGUGUGUUCGUCGAUGAUCCGACUGCGCCACCGUUUGAUCUCGAUAGCCCUGUCUUCAAGAGCCAGCUGCGUCUCGGUCUGGCGAUCAACGUAUACCGAAAGGGCCGCUGGGGCAGCUUCCGGCAUCUGCAGCUCAUCCAGGAGGUGGAGUCGAAGCCACGACGCAAUCACUGCUACGCAAACGCGCUCGUCAAAGGUGAUCUUUCCUCGAUGACGUGGCUGAGUGGUCCGUUUAACCACGGUCGUCCAAAGGGCGAACUGGUGAAGGUGAUGUACAGCUCGCUCAACUUCCGCGACGUGAUGUUUGCCACCGGUAAGCUAUCGUCGGACUUUGCCAAUCUGUCCCGCGUGGACCAACAGUGCGAGUUGGGCUUCGAGUACUCCGGCAUCGGUGAAACGGGACGCCGUAUCAUGGGCAUGGUGACGACGGGAGCUAUGGCCACCCACGUGGCAUGUGACGACACGCUCACGUGGACCGUACCGGAGAAGUGGUCACUAGAAGAAGCCGCCACCGUACCGGUGGUAUACGUGACCGUCUACUGCGCCCUAUUUAUCAACGCGCACAUCCAGAAGGGCCAAUCCAUCCUGAUUCACGCCGGUAGCGGUGGUAUCGGGUUGGCCGCAAUUCGUGUCUGUUUCGCGUACGGACUAGAGGUGUACACGACGGUCGGUACGGACGCAAAGAAGGAGUUCCUGCUGCAAACGUUCCCGCAGCUGAAGGCGGAUAACAUCGGCAAUUCACGCGAUACCUCCUUCGAGAGGAUGAUAAUGAUGCGCACGAACGGACAGGGUGUGGACUACGUCCUAAAUUCGCUGGCUGACGACAAGCUGCAGGCAUCGGUGCGUUGUCUGGGCAAGUACGGUAAAUUCCUCGAGAUCGGUAAGUACGACAUGGCGAACGAUUCGAAGCUUGGACUGAAUCGGUUCCUCCGGGCGCUCUCCUUCACGGCCGUACUGGUGGACUUCCUGUUCACUGCCCCACAGGAGGAAAAGAUGGUUCUACGCAACAUGCUCGAUAAGGACAUCAAGAAUGGUGUGAUCGUGCCGCUGAAAACGAACGUCUUUGCUGUUGGUGAUAUUGAGCAGGCAUUCCGGUAUCUUGCCAGUGGCAAACACGUCGGAAAGGUGCUGUUAAAGGUGCGCGAUACACCGAACAGCGAAGACUCACUACCGAUCAGCUAUCUUCCGCGGGUUUACUGCAAUCCGGAUCGUUCGUACAUCAUCGCUGGUGGUCUGGGUGGGUUUGGUCUCGAGCUUGCUGAUUGGUUAGCUCUCCGAGGCUGUCGUAAACUGGUAAUCAGCUCCAGUCGUGGCCUGUCCAAGCCGUAUCAGCUGUACCGCAUCAAGGUAUGGGAAACGUACGGCGUAAAGGUGGUUGUCAGCACUGAUGACAUCGCUACUCGUGCCGGUUGCGAGGCUCUGAUUUCGGCAGCUAACAAGCUCGGUCCUGUUGGCGGUAUCUUCAACCUGGCCGUACAGCUGCGCGACGGAAUCUUCGAGAACCAGUCGGUGGAGCGGUUCCGCGAAUGUAUGGCUCCAAAAGCCGUUGCCACUCAGCACAUGGACGAGGUGAGCCGACGCGUGUGUCCUCAGUUGGAGUACUUCGUCAUCUUCUCCAGCGUAUCCUGCGGACGUGGUAACGCGGGCCAGAGCAACUAUGGCAUGGCCAACUCCGUCAUGGAACGCAUCAUUGAGCGACGCUGGGCCGACGGGUUACCGGCGAAGGCCGUGCAGUGGGGUGCUGUCGGAGAAGUCGGCUUGGUGGCGGAUAUGCAAGAGGACAAGCUGGACAUGGAGAUCGGUGGUACACUGCAGCAACGCAUCACGUCCUGCCUGCAGGAGUUGGAUCCGCUGCUGACGACGGCGGAACCGAUCGUGGCCAGCAUGGUGGUGGCGGAGAAGCGCAUUCGCACCAGCGGCAAGGAAAACAUUAUCGAAUCCGUCAUGAACAUCAUGAGCAUCCGCGACAUCAAGUCGAUCUCGAUGGAUACGACCCUGUCCGAGUUGGGCAUGGAUUCACUGAUGGCGGUUGAAAUCAAGCAGACGCUCGAGCGCGAAUAUGAGCUGUUCCUGACGCCACAGGACUUGCGGUCGCUUACAUUCAUGAAGCUGCAGGAGCUUACCGAAGCGAAGGCGGCCGCCGACGAAAACGUCAAGUUGAAGCUGGCCAACGAAAAGACACCCACCGGUGUCGCGAUGUUGUUGCGAAAUCUGGGAGACGAAUUCAACAGUCAGCACACGAUCCUACGCCUGCAGUCAGAGAACGACUCGAAGAAGUACAAUGCGUGCGUUCUGUUCACUCCCGGUGUCGAAGGUGUUGCAGGUAACGCGUGGCACAACAUCGCCGCUCAACUAUCCUUGCCCACCUUCAUCACCCAGCUAACGCACACGAUCAACAUGACCACGGUAGAGGAGAUCGGUUGCUUCCUAGCACCGGAGUUGAUCGAGAACGUGUUCAAGGGAACGGAACAUUUCUACCUGGUGGGCUACUCGUUCGGAGCGUUCAUCACACUCGAAUUGGCGCGUAUCCUUGAGGAGACAGGCAUGCGCGGUCAGAUUCUGCUGAUCGAUGGAGCACCGAAGUUCCUGCACAAACUCGCCAUCGAUCAGAUGACGGAGAACUACACCGACGACAGCAUACAGGUGGUGCUAACGUCCGGUAUCGUGAACACCAUCUUCCCGGAGGAAAACACGGACGUGUUACCCCUGCUGGCCUCUUGCACCACGUUCGACGAGCGCAUUGACAAGCUGCUCGAGCUGUCCAAGGAUCAGAACCUGUACUCUGAAGCGUACCUGCGCAUGAUGCCAAAGGCUCUGUUCAACCGCAUCAAGAUUGCCCUUGAGACGGACAUCGAACACCCGAAACCGGUCCAAUCGCCCAUUCUGCUCGUGCGUCCCACGGAGGUGUCGGUGGUGGACAUUGAGGAGGAUUACGACCUGUCCCGGUAUACUGAGGGCAACGUGAGCCUCAAGUUCGUCGAGGGUAACCACAUUACGAUGCUGGACAACCCGAAGCUCGUACAAAUUAUCGCCGAUUCAGAUCCAGUUCUCGAGUCGGAUCGCUGCUUCCAGAAGUACCUGCAAAGCAACUCCGUGGCGGAGUAAGGCAGGUGUCGUUAGGACUCACGCACUAGCUUAAGGGACCGGGACCAGUUUGAAGGAGCAGCAUCUUCAUUUGUUGCAUGGAAGCUGCUUCACUAGAACAGCUUAGGGGCGGUUGUGUAUGAUUGGGGGGUUACAUUGAUUACAUGUUCAAAGUUAGUUCAAAAAAACCGUAGGGAACGAAACACCGACAAACACCAAUUCAAUACGUGCAUUUAUACAUCGUAAAUC